AGAGGGCGUGGCAGUGAGACGAGCAGCAGGUUAGUAGUUAAGAAGAGUCCCCACCUCCACCCUUCUUCUUCGGCUUCAGGAAGCGGAGUUUCAGCAGCACGGCACACGUCGACCCUCAGCUCACCUGAACAGUUCAACCAUGAGGUGGCGCUCUCCUUGUCUUCCUCUCCUCCUCUUCUCUCUCCUCGCUCUGUCGCUCGCAGGAGAUGAAGAUUUCAAGAUCUGCUCCUACAACGUGCAGGGAUUCAACCUCGACAAAUCACGGGACUACAGAGUACUGCACACUCUCACACGGAUUGCGUCUCGUUGUGAUAUCUGUCUCCUGCUGCAUGUGACAGAUUUUGACGGUAAAGGCAUCCAAGCGCUGCUGGACUCUCUCAACAGGGCGACCGACAGGUAUGACGGCUACACCUACCAAUCAGUGGCCAGUAAGAGUCUGGGGCCUGACCCUGAGGACAUGCAGCAGUACGUUUUCCUCUACAGGACAGACACGGUGAAUGUGACGGGUCAGUAUCAGUACCAGAAGCCCGACUCCUUCGUCAGACCGCCGUUUGCUGUUCAGUUCUACAGCGCCAAAACUGCGAUCAAGUCCUUUAUUCUGAUUCCUCUGCACUCGGACCCGAGCCGGGCGGUCCAGGAGAUCGACCGGCUCUACGACGUCUUCCAGGAAGUCAGCAAGAAGUGGAGCAACAAGAACGUGAUGCUCCUGGGAGAUUUCCAUGCUGCCUGUGCCUACGUGACCCGAGACGAUAAGCGAGACAUCCGUCUGUACACCAACUCAGCGUUCGCCUGGCUGAUUGGUGACCGGGUGGACACCACCGUCUCCGAGGAAACCAACUGUGCUUUUGACAGGAUCGUGGUACAUGGUAAAACCUUCCUGAAGGCCAUCACUCCAUUCUCUGCACAAGUCUACAACUACGCCGAAGAUUUAAAAAUCCCCAGGGCCAAGGCGGUGGGAAUCAGUGACCACUUACCUGUGGAGGUGGAUCUGAAGGGCUCCGCCCCUCUGCUGCAGGCCACGCCCCUCCUCAUCCUGCUCAGCGUCUCUGCCGUCCUGCAGCACUUCCUGUCGGCUUCAGUAAUCUGAUUACUCUGAGGGAUCUUCAGUAUCUCCUUAUCAUAUCCACAUAAAUGAAGCUGUUUCCGUUUUUUUUUUUCUAUUACUAACUAUUAUCUUGUGUGUGUUCACGACUUCCUGACUUUAUUAUCUGAAGACAACAAACACUGAUCACUUCCUGUGUAGAUUAUCUUCUUCUCUCCUUUUUUAUUCUUCAGAGAGGCCCAUCACAGUAAAAUAAGUUUACGAAUCCUACUACAGCCACUCCAAGGCCCGCCCUUCAAUAGCAGCCUGAUUGGUUGGGGUUAGGCAUUGACCUUGAGUGGUUAAGGUUAGGACAGCUGAUUGGUCAGGAGACCUGAACAGGUCAGGUGACGCCUGGCCAAUAAAUGCUACUGAAGGGCGGGUCUUGGCGUGGCCGUAGUAGGAUUCGUAAAUUUGCUCCAAACGGCCAGAGCUGACCGUAUGCCGUAAACGGGCAGUAACACCCCCGAUGAGACGCAGGUUCUGAAUGUGCUGUAUACAUGUCCAAAGAAUGCCUCUAAAACCGGAAUAAUACCAGAAUAUCACACAAGUCUUCAUCAGACAAUGUUAUUAUAUAGAGAAUAUCUAAAUGAAAUAUGAUGUGUACAUCAGACUCUGGGUAUUAGUGGAAUAUUAAUGUGUAAACACACGGCCGAUUUCUUCUCUAAACGCUUCACAGAGAAAGCCUCCUGGUGCCAAAUACUGUUCAGUGUUUAUUGAUUGGGAAUCAGGACAAUCUGAGCAGAAGUUUUUACCCAGAGUGCCUUUCAGCAACGUUAGUGCAUCAAUACUUUUUAAUUCAAACUACCGAUUAUGUUCACGGUGGAUUAAUGUGUGGAUUAUGUUCUGGAUGAAUGGAUGAGUUGUUUAGUCUCUCAAAUGUGGAUCAGUGUUUCCUAAAAGCCCAAGAUGACGUCUUCACAUGUCUGGUUUUAUCCACAACUCAAAGAUCUUCAGUUUCCUGUCCCAGAGGAGAGAAGAUACUAGAAAGUAUUCAUAUUUAAAAGGUAAUUUCAUGAUUGUUUUCAUCACCCUGGACUCUCUGUCUCCAUGUGUGAGUGUCUGAGUGUCUGAUGGAACAACAAUCUGUGAACCUGGUCCAGUAUUAAACCAGAACCCAGCUGUAAUGUAACCCUACAGGACUAAUGUUCAG